GUUUCUGUAUGAUGCCAUACAACAAUACCACGCGGGCUACUACAAGAAGAACCACGUCAAAGAUGUAAGGCUAAUAGUCUUUCAUGAAGGAGAAUUCGAUCGGAUCGUCCACACAUUAAAGGACAUACAGAAGAGAGAGACUAAACGUCGUGAAGUCAUGGGACAGGAACAAGCAUAUGAUCUCUGUGUAACAUCUACCGACGAAUCCAGGGCGCAGGAUCUUGUUAAAGAAAUCCAAAACUUUGCCUCUGCCUCUGUACCUAGUGACGAGGUUGUCGACAACAACCUGGUCACUACGCUGCCGAGUGAUAAGUUGGACGAACUUCAAGAUUUGGCCAAGAAACACAUGGUUGGGGUAAAGAUCAACGGCAGCAAGUUGUUGCUGUACGGCAUGGCCGAAGACAUAGCCAGAGCGAGGCAUGACGUCAUGGCGUUCCUCAGAACAUGUCACAGCGCCAGAUGGAGCUCUGGCGAACGAAUGACUGACGACUAUCUUGAAAUUGACUCAAUCAGUGGAUAUGUCGAGGAUGCUUUUCAACACAACCGAAGAUACACGUUGUUUACAAGCCAGUCGGGCAAGGAUUACCGGCUGAAGGUCAAGGACGUGGUCAAGAUACGUUUGCUGCCAGAUAAACGAGAGAUACGUUUACACAGAAGAAUGUCCAUCACAUACGAUGAUAUACCGAACACGUGGACGCCUCAUCCGCAUGAAGUCGUGGACACCGUUCCCGUUGAAGGAGAAGAACUCGACAGAGUCACUAGUCUUUUCGAAACUAAUCGUAAAUCUAAAAGUGAAAUAAUCGACGUAAGAAAGGUAUAUCGGAUUCAGAACAGGCUUUUACAUAAGAAGUAUAAGGCUAGCGAGGAGACCCUCGCCCUACAGAACGGCCGGGACAAGGUCAAUGAGUGCAGACUCUAUCAUGGCACCAGUGUAGAGGCAGUUGAAAUGAUAAACAAAAUGGAUUUGACAGAAGUUACAGUGGCAAAAAUGACACCAAAUUUGGACAAGGCACCUACUUUUCUGUCGACCCAUCCUACUCAUCAAGAGACACAUACUCGCCCCCAGACUCAAAGAGGCCUGAAGUACGUGUACCAGGCCAAAGUCCUGACGGGGAUUCCAGUGGAAGGGUACCCCAAAAUGAAGUAUCUGCCGCUCAGAGACGGCAAAAGCACUCCCUAUGACUCGGCCGUCAACAAUUUGAAGGCAAUCGAUGCCUACGCUAUCUUCAAGGAUGACCAGGCUUAUCCUGAGUAUCUGAUCACCUUCACGGUCGCAGCCAUCAGCCGGGACAACACGCCAGUUGGCAAGACAAGGGCAGGUUCUCGUGGGGAACAAAACAGAGAUUCCUCUAUUUUCUCCACCGAGUUGUAAUUCAUCACUGAGGCGUGGUCAGUAACAGCUGUCAACGUGAUGCUUGCAGGCAGCAUCUGCUGGGUAUUAUGUACUUUGCAUCUUGUUUGUUGUUUAACGCCGCACUCGGCAAUAUUCCAGUAAAUAUUCCAGUUUGGACCAGACAAUCCAGUGAUCAACAACAUUAGCAUCGAUCUAUGCAAUUGGGAUACGAUGACAUGUGUCAACCAAGUCAGCGAUCCUGACCACCUGAUCCCACUAAUCGAAUCUUACGAUGUAAGAUGCAUGUUAUAGGUGGGUCAGUAGUCUGCAAGUCUGAGGCAUGUUUGGAUGUAUGUUGGGUGAAGUUGUAUAGUUACCGUAUGAUAUAUCUGUUCCUGUAGAUAUUCCUUGAAUGUGCUGAAAGGUGUUGGUUUAUUUACAUACUGGCGCGUCAGUGUGAAUCUAUCAUAUUUCAGUACUUCCUAUGUUUGAUUACUGUAAAAUAGCAAAUAAUAAAUUCAGACCUAUUAUCAUCUGAAUUUGUGUCCGUGAAAUAUGCAAUGUUGUAUAGAUGUGUUAAAUGUGAUUGACAUUGCUACGUUGAAGUUGUAAUUGUACUUGUAUUUUGAGGUAAUAUCUGUGAGACAAUGAUGCCAGAACAGGUGUUACUGCCCAUUGUGUACCUGAAGAUGUACCGGUUUCUUACAUUUGUUAGUGGAUAUUGAGAUCUAUCAGAACAGAACACGUUUAAACUGUCCACGCAUGUAUGGUGAGAGUAAGCAGUGUUAUAACUCCACCAUUGGACAUGAAGAUAUAUUUGAGGAAACAGCAAAUUGUGGAUGGCCUGGUAAUAGUUGUAACUUGCAACACACUAUAUUAUUGUUAAUGGUAUGAAACUAACAGUGAUUUGUUUGGACAAAUGUGAAAUUCAGUUUAUUCCAAUAUUAAGAAAUUGUACAAAGUAUGCAAAUGUAUACAUACACGUUUAACUAACACAGUGGUAAUGUCCUCAGUGGUAGGCGACCAACACAGAAUUUAACAUUGCGUGCAGGACGUUAGUGUUUUCUAAAUCUUGUAUUUAUUGCGAAGCCAUAUGGACCUCCUAAUGCUGACUGACGGGCAGACUGAAUGUUUUCCUAUUAUGUAAAUAUUGCGUCAUCAUGAUACCAAUGUGUCACUGGAGUAUUGUACCGUUGUUCUAAAACUUAAACACAUGUUCAUUAUGAUAUUAUGUAUGUAUACAUAUACUCAUGACAAUAAUGGUUGUCACCCCC